AUGUCGGGCAACAACGCUGUUAUUGACGCUGGAUCGCAAUCCUACCAUCACCUAUUCACUCGAAGAAAGCCUAAGGACAAGGAGGAAUACCUCGGCGUUACCCGUCUUGCAAGUGAUGAUCAGAGCAUUGAAGGUCUCCCCAAGGCAACACCUCCUUCCCGAGAUGAUGGCAAGGCACAAACUGGAGUCUUCGCUACGGCCUUGUUACACUUAAGUGUGGAGGAUAUCGCAAACUCAAAGGAAGCGUACACAAUUGAGGACGCCAAGCUGAAGAGUGAAGCCGAUGCCCGAGUGAGGUCUACGCUGAGUAAACAGGAAUCGACACGUGCAGUAUUGAACCAGAUGCGAACUGAACUUCAAGAGCUACAGGCACAAGACGCAGCGUUACCACCUCAAAGUCGCGUCGACUCGGAGGAGUGGGAGAUUGAUCUGGACUAUGGAGAUCUGUUGACUCGACAGGGCGAUGAGGCGUGCGAUGAAGUGCGCAAGGAGCUUGCGUUUGCAGUGGAGAAAGAGGAGCUUCUACUGCUUAAGAUGCGAGAGACUGGAUUAAGUGUCCAGUCCUUCCGCACCAUGAAGAUGCCGGCAACUUUACAGAAACGACUCGCAGAUAUCCACACUGCAGACGCUGCUGCCAAGAAGCAGCCAUCUACUGGAGCGAAGACUGGUCCACCUAGACGAGCGUCGGUAUUAGAUAUCAUGGAGAAGGACACUGCGCUGGACGAGGACUUUCCCUUAAAAGAAGACGAGCGACGUAAGCUCAUGAGUCAUAACGAUCCUGCUGUCGGCGGGAAUGGCGCAGCAUCAGGCGGUCCGACAGCAGUACAGGAGACUAGUGGGUCAAAGUCCGUUCACGGCUUCAAGGCGCGCAAACGACUGCGCACGGAGCGAAAGGAGAGACUGGCACGCUGGCAGAGCAACAAACCAGGCGAAGAUGCCGACGAUCCCAGAGACGUGGUCGCGAUCGCCUUUGCUCAACGCAACAUGGGCGACUACAAGCUGAAAACGGCUCCAGACUACGUGGUUCCAGAACAUCAGCGUGUCAACGCAGCGAAGAAAUUGAGGCAGAUGGCGCUCUUGGAGGAGAGUCUGUAUGCCGCACGCUUGCGAUUCAACGCCAAAGUGCUGGAGCUUCGCGAGUUGAAGGUGCAGCUGAUCAACGAGCUGCAUCGCGACCAGGAACGACUAGUCGAGCUUCGAGCCGCAUUAGCGUCCAGCGGCGCAACACCAUCCAGCGUGUCGUCCAAAGAUCUAGUUGUGGACCUUCGCGAGUGGCCGGAGCAGCGGGAGCGCGUAAGCGACGCCGACAUUGAGCUCUUCCUUCGCGAGAAGAAGGUGAUAUCACACGUGCAGACUCAGACUGGCGAAGCGGACUUGGCAUUGACGCGCAUCGGUGGGGCUGAGAAGCGUCCGCAAUCAGCAGAUCGAUCCAUCGCUGCCGUCGCACGAGCUCUGGAAGGAACGUCGGGAAAGGAGGCUGCAAAGGGCGUCACCAUUGGCCAUUUACAUCUGCAGAUGGACGACGGUACGGCAGCUGCUGCGACGGCUUCGUCUGCACACGCGGGCGCUUUAAAUGUAGAAAACAUGGACGAGGAUGACGUGGUUGUCCAUGAAUACUUGAUGCGCCAAGAGCUACUGCUCGAGCGCAAGCAGCAACGCGAGAUAGCGUCGUUUGACGCUGCUGUGGCUCACCUCCGUCGCGAGAAACUCGCUCUCGAGGUCGGCUUCAAGCAAGCGGAACUUCGGCUGUUCACUCUCCUUAGCGAGUUGUCGCUGCUUGAGUCGUUCGAGAGCAAGGAAAACCUGUUGAGCAGUAAACUCGAGAAGAGUAAAGGGGAAAAGGCGCAGAUUGUGGCGGACCUGCGCGAUGUCCAAGACCUGCUGACGAUCAAGAAACGCGAUCUGGAUGAAUGGGCGCGACAGGAGAAGGCUGUGCAAGCAGAGUUCCUGACGCUUGUGAACGGCGGCACGGGGUCAAGUGUGACACCUCACCCGAGCUUUGCGGCGCUGCAGAAGCUGUUUAAGCGCAAGAUCAAGCGAGCUAAGAAGAAACCCGCUUCAGGUGGCAAGGAAGAAGGGAAAGAGCCUGACAGAGCGAGAGACGGCGAGGAGCAAGAAGACGACGAUGAAGAAGAAGAGGACGAGGACGAAGACUAUGACGAAGAUGACGACGAAGAUGACGAAGAAGAAGAGGAUACUUGUCCGUCGGGAUGCGACUUGACUUUGUACGAGAAGGUGUUGGCCCUGCGUGAGAAGCGUGUCGAUGUAGACGACGCCAUGGGGGAGCUGAACAAGGCGAUCGAAGAGCUUCGGAAGGCCGGAGAGCGUCAGACAGCCAAGCAACCUCCGUCUCCGACUCGGCACAACUGGACGCUACCUGCUCAAGCUGCUGGCUGCCUCGUAUUCACCACUCGCGCCUUCUCUGCGUUGUCCGAGCGUAUCGAGUCGCUGCAAGCAGAGAACAAGAAGCUGCGUCAGCAGUUCCGAGACCUCCACAAGCAGCAGAACGUGCUUGCUAAGGAGAAGCGUCAACAGCAAGAAGCCAUUGCAAGAGCUCAGGACCGCAGCGAGCAGCUCAUGCGACUGAAAUUCGGACAGCUAGUAGACCUGGAGGUGCUGGAUCGCGCUUGUGACGCGUCUUCGGUCGACGAGCUGCAGACUCGCGUCAAGUUACGCGAGGUCGAAGGUGAGCGAGCUCUGCGUCGUGCCAAGCAGACGCACCUGCAGCUGCAACACGCUAUUCUGCAGGCGACCGAGCAGAACACGGCCUUGUUAGCUCAGAUCGCUGCACUCACGGAGCGUCAGGCCGAACUGGAAAGCGAACUCAAUCGCCAUCAGGGUGGUGGCAGUAGCAGUGGGGACAGUGGCGGUGUACUCAGUCUUGACGACGACGAGGCCUUGGCUGAGCGCGAGAUGAAGGAGCGCAACAAGCUCGUGCGGCUGGUGAAGCUGCAGGCCAGAGAAGUUGAAGCGCUCAAGCAGGAGAUUGGACUGCUGCGCGGCAAAGAUGGAAAAGUGUAUGCGCCUCGAGGUGGAGUGGCGCUACAUUACAAGUCCUGUAGCAGUAAUCGGAGCAUCACGCCACACUUGAAUACCAUCUCGAAAAACACCCAGCUCAUUGAACCCAUGCGCUUCAACAACAGCAGCCAGUACCCUCGAUCGACCUCCAAACUGUGCUCUGGGGUCACCACUGGCCGAAGCUGCGGGAUCCAGCUUGCCCGGCGUGUAGCUGCACAUACUUCCCACCCCUUCGCCAUUUUCCAAAUGCUAAAUCUCCGAAGGACUGGCCUCGCAACACCCUCUACGGUGAUUAUCCACGGUGGUGCCGGCUUGACGGAGCCGCUAUCCGCUGGUUCAAUGGUCGAGGCCAUCGUUCAUGGUCAUGCAGCGGGCCAGUUGUAG